AUGUCAGCCACCUCACCCCCUCAGCUCCGCAAGCUCAGCGGCAAUGUCCAUCAGCUUUUCGUCAAGGACAAGCCGUUCUUGAUCCGGUCGGCUGAGAUAGGCAACUCGUCCAUGUCGUCCGCGCGAUGGAUGAGCACAGUCUGGCCCAAAAUGGUCGAAAACAACGUCAACACUCUGCUAGGGAGCGUGACGUGGGAGAUGGUCGAGCCGAGGGAGGGAGAAUUUGAUUUCGCGGAGCUGGAUUUGGUGCUGGCUGGAGCUCGGGAGCAUGGGUUGCGUUUGAUCCUUUUGUGGUUUGGGGCGCACAAGAACGGUCAAGGGUUGUACGCGCCCGAAUGGGUCAAGAAAAAUCCCUCUCGAUUCCCCCGCGCCGAAAUCACUCAAGACGGCGUCACUCGGACCACCCACACAUUUUCGGUCUUCUCCCCAUCCACCUACGAGGCAGACGCCACUGCGUUUGCACGCCUCAUCUCUCACCUCAAAGACGUGGACGCGGAGCACCAAACCGUCAUCAUGGUCCAAGUCCAGAACGAGGUCGGGAUCCUCAAGGACACGCGGGACCGGUGCCAGCUCGCCCAGCAUACUUUCGACCAGCCCGUCCCGUCGUCGCUGCUCACUGUUCUCCGGGAGCAGUGGGCGGGAAUGAACGCUACGUUCCGGAACAACUUCCCCCAUCUCUCAUCCGAGACAUUGCGGGACGGCGGGGGUUGGGCGGCUACGUUUGGCAGUAGUGAUCAGACGGACGAGCUGUUCAUGGCGUAUCACUACGCCCUGUCGAUCGAGGCGGUCGCGAGCAAGGGGAAGCUCGAGUAUGAUCUGCCCAUGUUUGCCAAUGCCUGGCUCAGGAACAUGGACGAGGAGGAGGGUCAGGACGCUGCGUUCAGCGGAGGCGUGCGUCCGGGGGACUACCCAUCGGGAGGACCGGUCGAAACGGUGCUGGACAUUUGGCAGCUCUUUGCGCCCUCUCUCGCCUUCCUAGCCCCCGACAUCUACCUCACGGACUAUACCAAAACCUGUCAACUCUACACCCACCGGGAUAACGCCCUCUUCAUCCCAGAGCAAAGGCGAGACGAGUACGGGGCGAUCCGGAUCUGGGAAGCUAUCGGUCGGUUCAACGCCAUCGCCACCUCUCCCUUCGGUCUCGACUCACACACCCCCCUUCUCAGUCCCUUCACCGCUCACUAUGCCCUCCUUCGAUCCGUAUCCCCUCUCAUUCUGGACGCUCGUGCGCGCGGACUCCCCACCUACGGCCUCUUCUUUGACCGCUUUGAGAAAGGCGAGAAGGACCCCUCCCCUAUCCGCACCCUUCAAAUCGGCUCUUGGAAUCUCAAAAUCUCCCGCUCCUACUCCCCGGGCCAUCCCUCUCCCGGAUAUGGCAUGAUCAUCCAGGUCAAGCCUGACUCCUUCCUCGGUAUCGGCGAGGGGUUCCAGAUAGUCUUCACUCCGACGACAGAGGUGAAGAUCAGUGGGAUUCUGGCGAUAGAGGAGAAGGAGGUGGUGGAUGAGGAGACUGGCGAGCUCAGCACUCUACGUCGUUUCAAUGGGGACGAGGUGCGGUCGGGGUUCACCAUGCCCGCGACCAAGCCGGAUAUGGGGGACUUUGUGAUUGAAUCGUUCAUUCCGGCGCACACGAGGAUCGCUUUGUGUACUCUUUAUACAGUGUAG